UCACAUAUAUUUUGUUCCAGGCCCUGUCCAUGAACCUGGGCGGUGCGCCCGCGGGGCCGGCCGGGACGGGGAAGACAGAGACCACCAAAGACCUGGCCAAGGCGCUGGGCCUGCUGUGUGUGGUCACCAACUGUGGCGAGGGAAUGGACUAUAAGGCUUUCGGCAAAAUCCUGUCAGGCCUGUGUCAGUGCGGAGCCUGGGGCUGCAUGGACGAGUUCAACCGCAUCGACAUAUCCGUCCUGUCCGUCAUCUCCACCCAGCUGCAGACCAUUCGGCACGCGCUCGUUCUGAAGCUGACUAACUUUACCGAUGUGGUUCUGAUGAGAGCCUUACGGGACAUGAACUUGCCCAAGUUUGUGUUUGAGGACGUCCCGCUGUUCCUGGGCCUCAUCUCGGACCUGUUCCCGGGUCUGGACUGCCCCAGGGUACGCUACCCAGACUUCAACGACGCUGUGGAGCAGACGUUUACGGACAACGGCUAUAUCCUGCUACCUGUUCAGGCGGACAAAGUGGUGCAGCUGUACGAGACGAUGCUGACCCGACACUGCACCAUGAUCGUCGGGCCCACAGGUGGAGGCAAGUCGGUCGUCAUGAACACCCUGGCCCAGGCACAGACCAGGUGGGAGAGACAUUGCUCUGAUAAUGACGACUGUUGA